CAUUGUGCCAGGAAUUCACCCAAAUUCAACAAAUGAAUUUUGUUUGUUUGCCUACAAUUUUAUUUAAUUGCCUUAACUUUAAUUGUUAUUUGCGGCUUUUAUUUGUGUUGCUAUUCACCACUGAUCGUAUAAUUGCAUAUGUUGUGGAAUUGCCCAAAUCAACAACAACUACAACGAAAAGAACAAAUAAUGAUAGACUCAGGCCGAUUAUUUUAGAUGAAAAUCUUUGUCCUCAAGGCUGGCUUAGCGGUGGAGAACAAUGCAUUCAAUUACAAUUUGUUGCUAGUGGAAUGUCUCAAUCCUCUAUAGAAUGCAAACGUUUAGGAGCUGAAUUGGUCAACGUUGUCGACGAAGAUGGAGAACCUUCACUACAAUUAUUGGAUGAUUUGUCAUUGAUUUUGGAGGAAGCUUCCAAUACCGGAGUUUCUAUGCAAAGUUGGCUUGUCAGUUCUGGACAUUUCUCGCCAGAAUGGGAUUCUGCUAAUGAAAGGAUUCGUUUUCACAAACUACCAAGAGAAAACAUUCACAAUAUGGAGAUUCUUGGAUUGCGCAGACGUCGAGGCCAACGACUAUUUGAAUUAACUCUACUUUCAAAUACAAGCAUCAAUCCAUUCAUUUGUGCCUUAAACCCGCUCACAAGGCGAGUUCUUCUCUAUCAACAAUUAUUAUUACCUCGUGGGGCACCUCAAUUUGUUGAACAACCACAACCUAAUGGAUACUUUUUUGACACAUCUUCAGGCUCAAAUCAUUCAUUUUUGUCAUUGCCAUGUUCUGCAAUUGGAAAUCCUACACCUUUAAUUCGUUGGUAUAAAAAUGGUGGAGAAGAGAUUGACUUAAACUCGCCUAAUUCAACAUUUAUUGUCUCUGGAGGUGCUUUGCUUGUGCCAGUAUCAAGGAUCCAACCGUCUCCAAUUACUUUCCAUUGUGUUGCUACAAACGAGCUUGGCUCAGUUCGAAGUUUAACCGCUACAAUUCGCCCAGCAUUCAUCGAACCAUUCCAAGAUUAUCGGCUAGAUGCUUAUCCACUUAUUUUGGGAACAACAAUGAGCGGUGGAGCGCGUUUGGAAUGUAAUGCACCAAGACAUUUUCCAACAUCUGAGCACACAUCAUCUCAACGGCACAAUUUUCUUCAAUGGCACCAACAACAACAUUUUCUACACUCUUCACUCGGCACAAUAAAAACAACUUUUAAAUAUCAACAGAUUAACAAUUUUAACUUCAAAAAUUUUUAUCUACUACAUUAA